AUGGACAAUUCGGGUAAUUAUUCACGAGUGGCACUCGUAAGUGGGAAUAGGGUGUCACAAUUUGGUAUCUGGCUUGAGGUGGGCGAAAGACAGUUGGCCAGGACUAAAUUGGUGCAACAAGCCUCUAAGAAGAUUGAAGUGGCGAGAAAGUGUAUGAAGAUUGCUCAAGAUCGCCAAAAGUACUAUGCGGAUCACCGCACGCGGGAUUUGGAGUUUCAAGAAGAGGAUAGAGUAUUUCUUCAGAUUUCACCACAAAGACCAUCCAUGAGGAAUCAAAAGCAAGGGAAGCUUAGUCCGAGGUUUAUGCGAUCGUACAAGAUCAUUGAACGAGUGGGUCCUUUGGCCUAUCGAUUGGCCUUGCCCAACGAAUUAGCUGGAUUUCAUGAUGUGUUCCAUGUGUCUCAAUUGCGGAAGUACAUACUAGAUCCAUGGCAGUCCCAGAGGAAAAGGUUGAGGUUCGUCAGAACCUAA